AGAAGCUCGAGGGCAAGCAAAAGGUUGCUGUCACCGUCCCUUGGUUUGACUCCUAAGAAGAGAGUAAUAAAGUUGACGAUGUCCACAAUCCUAAAAUUGGCCAUGAUGCCGUCCCCUCCAGAUCGUUGUGAUACCGCUAUUGCUACCCUCUUCUCUUCCCUUGCUUCCUGCCCUAGACCUUGUCCUAUAGUUGGUGCCUCCUACAUCAUUGCUGACCCCUUUUCCUCCCUCCCCUCAGGCAUUGCCCCUCCUCCUCAUCGAUGGUGCCACUCUCUCCUGCCUUGACCCUACCCUUCCUUCACUUCUACCCUGAACCCCAAUGCGGCGCCAACCAUUUUAAAACCCCUGCAGGUGGAGACUCUAGCGGCAUUGCAGUGCAACUCCGCCAAUGGGGGUCAAACCGCCCCUAAUCGUAGGGUUUGUCCGCUCCAAAUUAUAUUAUUAUAGCCUUCUCAUUCUCAUUAUUUAAAAUAUCAAGCAGGGCAUGUUAUGGCCAUCACACCAAUCCUCUAAUGCCAUGUUGGCAUGAAAGGCAGAUUGUUUUCCCAAGUUAGUAACAAAUUUGUCAGUUUAAUAAAUAAUUAUAAUUUAUAUAAAGGGUCGACAUUAAUUUAAUUAAAGUUCAAGACCGCGCGAGGACGGAGACCUUCCUUCCCCUCUCCGAGCCUCUUCCCCCACCCCAACCAACCCUAUCUCCCGAGUCGUAAAUUUCGUACCACCCGGUUUUAGUAAAAGAGGUUUUUUUAUAGCUAAAAUCUGGAAAAAAAAUUCGACAUUUUUUUGUCCUCCUCUCCUCGCUUCCCGUGACAUUCUCACGAAAUCCCCUCUCCAGUGAUGAUUUCCGGCGCCGAUUUCUUUGCUUUCUGAUCAAAUUCGUGGAGGGGUGGUUCGAUUUCCUGCGGUCGUUAAGUUGGAUAUCGGUUUUUCUCUGUUUCGCCUUUUGUCUUGUCGCUCUCGUCCGAGUCGCUCUUCCUGUAGCUCUCCGCUGGAUUUGAGUCCAUUUGGGGUUUUCGAUGGGUCGUGUCGGAUUGGAUGGGCAUAAGGAAUUAGGGUUUUUAGCAGCCGAAAGGGAGUUUUUCUAAUUGUUUUUGGUAAUUGACUCUGUGGCGAAUGUGAUCUGUUCUCAUCUGUUUUUCUCUCUCCGAAAAAAAACUCCUUUUGCAACUGAUCUUCCUCAUUUAUGAUUUUCCCAUCAUUCUUUAGCUCCUAUCGUUUGAUAAUUCUUCACAAUGAAGCUCCUGGUGCAUGUUAUUGAAGCCCGUAACCUCCAGGCGUUGGGUCUCAAUGGCCUGAGUGAUGCCUAUGUAAAAUUACAGAUCGGAAAACAACGGGCAAAAACUAAGGUGGUCAAGAAGAACUUGAACCCUGUAUGGAAUGAGGAGUUCAGCUUCCUAGUCGGGGACCCCAGCGAGGAGCUCACGGUCUAUGUUUUGGAUGAAGACAAGAUCUUCAGUGAUGAUUUCCUGGGACAGGUCAAGGUGCCAUUGUUGAAGGUCUUGGAUACAGAUGAUCUUUCACUUGGGACGCAAUGGUAUCAGCUGCAGCCCAAGAACAAGAAGUCUAAGAGCAAGGACUAUGGAGAUAUUCGUCUCACUGUAACUUUGUCUCAGAAAAACACUGAUGAAAUACCCAUAGUCACUCAUUCAUUUUUUGUUGAUCAUUCAUCAAACUCUGAUAAAUCAUUCGAAUUAACAAGAGGACCAACCCCACUAUGUUCUAACAGAAUCUUGGAAAGAUAUGCUGUACCAGUGAUUGACAAAACGGAACCUGUCAAGGGAGACAAGUUGAAUGCACCGACAUUUGUUGAUCGUCUGUUUCAUAUUUUUGCCGGGAAAAAUGCAGAGGCUGCAUUGCCUUCUAGCAGGAAUCUUGACUGCCCAGAAGACCUACAAGAAGCAUUUGCAAGCCCUGAGACUUCUGAAAGACAAACUAAUGAUACAUGCUCUAAUAUCACAUUUGAUGAACUACUGAAAACAAUUGAAUCAAAGGAUCAAGGAAGCGAAAUGCCUGGAAAUCUACGAGGAGGAGUACUUCUUGACCAAUCUUAUGUUGUUGCACCUCGUGAUCUGAACUCUCUUCUCUUGUCACCAAGUUCAAAUUUCUUGCAAUCACUUGCUGAGCUUCAAGGAACUACAAGUCUGCAAACUGAACCUUGGAGACUUGAAAAUGGUGGAGAGAGCUUGAAAAGAGUGAUUACCUACACAAAAGCUGCGACCAAAUUAGUAAAAGCUGUGAAAGCCACAGAGGAGCAGACUUAUCUGAAGGCUGAUGGAAAAAAUUAUGCUGUUUUAACAAAUGUGAGUACUCCUGAUGUUCCUUUCGGUAAUUGUUUCCGGACAGAGGUUCUUUUCUGCAUAAUGCCUGGGCCUGAUUUGCCAUCUGAAGACCAAUCUUCACGUCUGCUAAUUUCCUGGCGCAUGAAUUUCCUCCAGAGUACUAUAAUGAAAGGUAUGAUCGAAAAUGGAGCAAAGCAAGGCUUAAAGGAUAGCUUUGCCCAGUUUGCUGAUUUGCUUUCGCAGAAUAUAAAACCACUUGAUCAAGAAGACACUGGGCACAACAAAGACCAGAUCUUAGCUUCUUUGCAAAAUGAGCAGGAGUCAGACUGGAAGCUGGCAUUUAGAUUCUUUGGAAAUUUUACUGUUAUAUCAUCAGUUUUUGUGGCCUUCUAUGUUCUUGUACACAUCUUGCUUGCAAGCCCUAGUAUAGUUCAGGGGCUCGAGUUUCGUGGCCUAGAUCUGCCUGACUCAAUUGGGGAAGUUGUGGUUUGUGGUGUUUUGGUUCUUCAAGGACAGCGUGUUCUUGAUAUGAUAGGACGCUUCUUGCAGGCCCGGAAGCGGAGAGGCAGUGAUCAUGGAGUCAAAGCACAAGGGGAUGGAUGGUUGCUAACUAUUGCCUUAAUUGAGGGCAGUAAUUUAGCAGCAGUGGAUUCAACUGGUUAUUCUGAUCCCUAUGUGGUUUUCACAUGCAAUGGUAAAACUAAAACCAGUUCAAUAAAAUUCCAAACUCUGGAGCCUCAAUGGAAUGAAAUCUUUGAAUUUGAUGCCAUGCAUGAUCCUCCAUCAAUGAUGGAUGUGGAUGUGUAUGAUUUUGAUGGGCCUUUUGACGAAGCUACAUCUCUUGGUCAUGCUGAAGUCAACUUUGUGAAAUCUAAUUUGUCAGAACUAGCAGAUUUUUGGAUUCCUCUUCAAGGGAAGUUAGCUCAGGCAUGCCAGUCUAAGUUGCACUUGAGGAUUUUUCUGAACAACACACGGGGCACUGAUAUUGUGACAGAGUAUCUAACAAAAAUGGAGAAAGAAGUUGGAAAGAAGAUAAAUUUGAGGUCUCCUCAGACAAAUUUUGCAUUUCAGAAGCUUUUCGGUCUGCCACCAGAAGAAUUUCUCAUCAAUGAUUUUACCUGUCACUUGAAGCGCAAGAUGCCCAUGCAGGGCCGCCUCUUUCUAUCUCCAAGAAUAAUUGGGUUUUAUGCAAACUUGUUUGGACACAAAACAAAGUUUUUCUUUCUUUGGGAAGAUAUUGAGGACAUCCAGGUGAUUCCUCCAACUCUGGCAUCAAUGGCUAGCCCAUCUCUUUUGAUUAUUCUCCGCAGGGGAAAAGGUAUGGAUGCAAAGCAUGGCGCAAAGACUGUUGAUCAGGAUGGGAGACUUAGGUUUCAUUUCCAGUCAUUUGUAUCAUUCAAUGUAGCCAACAGGACAAUCAUGGCAUUAUGGAAGGCUAGGUCCUUGAGCCCUGAACAAAUAGUGCAGAUGGUUGAAGAAGAAUCUGAAGCAACCCUCCAUAGUGAGGAGAGUGGAUCUUUCUUAGGGAUAGAGGAUGCCAACAUGUCAGAAGUUUUCUCAUCUACCAUUUCAAUUGAUAUGAACUCAUUGAUGGAGGUAUUUGAAGGAACUUCAUUGGAGCGAAGGGUAAUGGAGAAAGUUGGUUGUGUCAACUACUCUAUAUCAGCGUGGGAACCAGUUAAGCCUGACAUUUACCAAAGGCAAGUUCACUACAAAUUUGACAAGAGUUUAUCUCGUUAUGGAGGUGAAGUAACUAGCACGCAGCAAAAAUGUCCCUUGGCUGAUAAAAAUGGAUGGAUUAUUGAAGAAGUGAUGACACUCCAAGGGGUUCUGCUUGGUGACUACUUUAAUCUUCACUUGAGGUACCAAAUGGAGGAUCUUGCCCCUAAACUGAAGGCCUGCAAUGUUCAGGUAUCCUUGGGGAUUGCUUGGUUGAAGAGCACUAAGCAUCAGAAGAGAAUAACAAAGAACGUAAUGUCCAAUUCAUCAGCUCGACUCAAGGAGAUGUUCAGUCAAGUUGAAAAGGAAUUCAUAGGGGGAAAGUAGAAUGAUUCUUUUCACUGCUACAUGCAGCUAUUUGUGAAUAGCAGCACCACAUAAAAAAGAUAGUGUGAAUAUCAGCUUGGAUUCUGAGCAUCAAAAAACAGAUGAUCCGUAUUCAGAAGUUUGAUUAUUUUGGUUGGAACGAAGCAACUUCAAAGGUUCGGCUGCGAGCCUGAGAAUUGGUUCUGAGCUCUAGAUUUUGAUUCUUGCUCAUUCAGGCAUCAAAUAAAAGAGUACCAAGAGUUUUCAUUAUGGAUUCUUCUGGAUAUCGUAUGAUGGAUCCUCGGCGGCUUUCUCCAUUCUCCUGUCAAUUAGGGAGCUUUGGUAAGAGAGGGGCGUGCCGCGCUGGUGAAGUAUGAUGAAAUUCUUGGGGGCAUCAGGGUCUGAAGUGGUAAUGACUUGGAAACUAGCUGGCCAGUGAUAUUUCUUGCUAACAUGAGUAGCAAAAUUAUUGAAAGGAAUAUUGGUUUCAUCCUGCCUGUACACCUAUAGUCCAAUCACAAGGUAAAAACAUGAUAAAUGAUUCUUUUCUGCAAGUAAAAAGGUUUUGAUGAUCUUUUUUCUUUCCUGGUCCACAUACGAAGUAUGUAGAGGGAGGUAAAAAAAUUUGUAUUCAGAAUUUAUCUUAGAUGAACAUGUUUUUCCUAAUUUUUAACAGUGGGCACUGUUGUUAAGCCCCUAAUUUUCUUCCUGAAGGUAGGCUGAACAAAAGGAGGGUCUUCUUGAGCCUCUUAAAUGCAGAGCAAUUCUUAAUGCAUCCA